GUAGGAUAGGCCUACAGAAUGGGCUCUUUUAACCUUUUUUCCCUUUCCAAUUUCACACUGCAGAUCAGUCAGUCGUGGAAAUGCACCUUGUGGUGUUUUUCCAACCAUAUUAAGACAAAGAAGAAAAUGUACAGGCUGAGAUCGGAAUGGCAUACUAUACUCUUUCUGCCUUAUCUGGAUAUGGCGUAUCCGAAAUCGACCACAGACGUCGCGUGUCCGCCGAGUGAACUGUCUCGACUUUUAUUUAGGCCUCGCCUUCGUUAAACUGGAAACGUGUACCUGCUUCGAUUAUUGUGAUUAUUGCACAAUGAGACCGACUACAGGGCUAAAUAUGUGCAUUAUGGGUAUAUGUUCAAACAUUUCAAAACAGUACGAUUUUAUUUAAAAAGUUUUUUUUUUUUGUUCAUCGUCGCCGUGUCCGACAAUUCCGACGCUGAUGGAAAUAGAAGAACAGCAAAAAUGUUGUCUCGGAAUCAGUGACAAUAUUUAAUUCUGUGAAUCACAAAUUUGCUCAGUAUUCACACCCUGACUGAGAGGACAAAACUAGAGCAGAAGCACAGAGAAGACCUGCUGCUUGGGUACAAUGAGGAGAGCUGUGAAACAGUGGCAUUGUUUUCCCAGAAGACUGCUAAUUCCUCUGCUGAGCCUGGCAUUCAUUUUACUUGCACUUCUAAAACUGCCUUUAUUUAACACCAACCCAAAGACCGUUAAAGUGUCAGUAGAUCCCGUCUUUCGAAAGCGUGUUCAUUCGUAUGUCCGAGAGGUGCUGGCCAAAGAAUGCAGACCUUCUUUUGCCCGACAGAAAAUGGAAGCUGAGCAUUUAAGCACCACACCAGUGACUGAGCCCUUUUUGGACAAGAAAACUCUGUUAAAUAUUAAUAAACAAAUAUUUAAAUUUCCUCCACCAUUUGGUUUCCUGCAUAUGCAGAACAAGCUUAAAGAAAUCUUGAGCCUCUUACCUGCUUCAUCAGAGAAGAGAUUUGGAGGGCUAGACUGUCAUCGAUGUGUAGUGAUCGGAAAUGGAGGGAUACUCAAAGGAUUGGGGCUUGGGCCUCUUUUGAAUCAGUUCGAUGUCAUCAUAAGGUUGAACAGUGGUCCUGUGCAAGAUUACAGUGCAGAUGUUGGGAAUCGCACCUCAAUCAGAAUGAGUUACCCUGAAGGCUGCCCAAAGGUUUGGGAUGAUGUCAACCCAGAUCUCAAGUUUGUGGCUGUGAUCUACAAGUCUGUUGACUUCCACUGGCUUAAAGCAAUGAUCACCAAAACAACAGUUUCGCUGUGGGACCGGCUGUUUUUCUGGCAGCAGGUGCCAGUGAAUAUUCCAGUUGAGCUCUCACAGUUUCGUCUUCUAAAUCCUGAGGUCAUCAUGGAAACAGCCCUUGAUCUGCUCCAUUACCCCACACCCAGACAACACCUGUGGGGAUGGGACCAGAGCCGGCCAGAUGCAACUCCGUUCCUGCUUGGUGUUGGACUCCACUGCUAUGUGUCGCUGUCGAGUGAUGAUGACUAAAUGCAGCCGGUGCUAGCCAGACAUCACUUUAAUCUUUUACGAUGCACUUCAGAGAAUGAACUGAUGCCAACUCCAACUGUAUAUAUGCCACUUCCUGAACCUUGGACUUAUGAUGGACCACACCGAACCUCACCCAAACGAUCUGCAAGUUGAACUGCGAUGCACCUCACUGAUCUCUGCCUGCAUCACCUUUAUCUAUUGAUGGACUACGAUCUUGAAAUGGAAUACAUACACUAUCAUUUAAUUGCCAACAAAAGUCUUCAUCAGCCAAAUAACAAGGACUAUUGCAUCUAUGUGAACUUCUGCAGUUAAUCCAGGAUGUACUUCAAAGACAUUGAUCAUUAAUCUUACAGUUCAAACACAGUUGAUGUUUAAACACUGACCCUUAACACUUACUUAGUUUACACAUUUUAAGCCAUGACUUGCAUUGCACACAAAUAACUAAUACUGGCAUUAUAUUCAUGAUGUUAGUCAGAGGGGAACUGUUCCCCACAGUAAGUCUGGUUUCUCCCAAGGUUAUUUUUCUCCAUUAAUCAACAUCUUAUGGAGUUUUGUGUUCCUUGCCACUGUUGCCUUCAUCUUGCUCACUAGGGUUAUAAAUACAAUUAUUAUUUCAUUUGUAUACACAAUUUACAAUAAUAUCUAAUCAAAUGACACAAUGAGCACUUUAAGACUUUAACAGAAAAUGAAACUGUAAUAUAUAAUGUAUGAUUUUCUGUAAAGCUGCUUUGAAAAGAUGUGUGUUGUGAAAAGAGCUAUACAAAU